UUCCUUUUCUUUUCUUUUCUUUUCUUUUCUUUUCUUUUCUUUUCUUUUCUUUUCUUUUCUUUUCUUUUAUUAUUAUUUUUUCUUUCUAUGUCUACUAUGAAUAUCCUUCAAAUAUAUGAAGAUGUUCUUAUUAAAAACAUUUCACAAAUUACAACCAUCGAAGCAGCUUUACGGUCCUUGUCAUAUAUACUUCCAGGAAGAUUCCAGGAUGCAGAGUUGACCUCACAAACAUUAUAUGCAGGAUUGAAUUUGAUUGGAUUAUAUCACAAUUCUAUUUUACGACGAGCUGCCAACGAUAUUAUCCAACAGUGCAAAGUCACCAAUAUUGAAGAAUCACAAUUCAAUAAAUAUACAAGAUUUUGGAAUCAUCAGUCAGGAACACAUCGCAUGAUUUCAAGAAUUCUUUCAAUCAUUGCUUAUACUCAAGUUUUGAUGGAAAUGGGAUUGUUACGGAAAAGAUCUCACAAAACACAUUAUCAAUGGAUAGCUAUUUUGGAAGCUAUCAAAGCUAUUUUACGAUUAACAUUCUUUCGUAUUACAAAUCAUCGUAUGAUAUUAUACCCUCCUCAUUUAGAACGGGACAUUGAACCUGCCAAAUUGGAUCCUGGACGACAUCAUGAACUUCAAGUACCAACAUACCAUUGGACUGGUCGACGUACAGGCAAGGAAGUACCUUUUAUAUCAAGUACAAUAGGUGAAACAGGAUCAAGUUUUGUGGAUGUAAAUGCAUAUUUGAUGGCCAAGGUAUUGACACCAGAAAAACUACGCAAACCCAAACAAAUGGUCCAUGUGAUGUCUUCCCUAGCAAGAUUUGGUGAAGUGGCCUAUAUUCUUCGACCUUUGAUCUAUGUAUUAGGUAUCUUAGUCUGGGGUAGACGUGCUUGGAAACCUUGGUUUUUGUCUUUGGUUAUUGAUCUGAUGUCCAUCUAUGCGAUACAACAAAGUAAUGGUUCCGAUCAACACUCCAAUAUGAUGCCUUUAGAAAAAAAGGAAUACCAUCGGCGACUCAAAUCUUUGAUGUUUUAUAUUUUGAAAGGUGCCUUUUAUUCUCGCAUUACAAGACCGAAAUUAGAACGACUCUGUAAUCGUCUUGAAAAUAAACCUCUUGUCAAUAUGGUUUCUGGUGUCCUUCGUGAUUAUUUAGUAUUAUGGGAAAAUAUUUACUUUUAUAGCUCAACUUCUUAAUAAUAUUUAGAUAUAAAAAAAAAGAACUCAAUAAGAAUAAAAUACAUGUGUUUGAUAUC